GCCGCGCCCGCGGGUGGCUCGGCAGGCCGGGCAGGCGGAGGCCCUGCCCCGGGCGGCCCCGCCGCUCGCCGCCGGGCUCUCGUUCUUGCCUCCUGGCCGGCCCCGAGGGGCUGGGGCAGUGCGGGACGCUGCCCUGUGCCCCUCGUCCCUGGAGAGGCUUUGCAGGCGUUCUUGCGGUCCUGUGCUCGGGUUCGGCCUAGCCAGCUGGGCAGUUUUCUUACAGGUGGCCGGAGGGCUGCAGCAUCCAAGUGCUGAGGUAAGAGAGUAUGCCUGUGCCAGUAUUUCCAAGCUGCUGCAGCAGAAGCAUGUCAUUCCAGCCUUUCUGCAGAGAGACGUUGUCCGGUGUUUAGGACCGCUGUUGAUGGAUCACAGUUUAGCUGUUCGCGAGACAGCUGCAGGUGCUCUCCGAAAUCUAAGUGCUUGUGGAGGAUUUGAAGUCUGUGAUGACAUGGUGACAAAAGACAUCAUGACACCCCUUGUCGCACUUCUGAAAGAGUGUAGCACUGGACUAGAUGCUAACCAGCUCUCUCCAAAGAAAUGUAGAGAGGUGAACAAAAAUUAUAUCGAAGACAUAGCCAAUGAGGCUAUUAAUUUGCUGUGGAAUGUAUGUGAAUGCAACAAUACUGCAGUAUACAUAUUCAAUAAAGAAGGAUGUCUGGAGGCUGUGUUACAUUACAUGAAGAAAUUUUCUACCAAUGUGGACCUGGCUAUUUCAGUAGCAAACUGCUUGCAGGCAGUGACAGAAGAUAAUCCAGAUCUUCUUUCUUCAUUUAAUGCUUCUGCACAACAAGUAUUGGAAACCGUGAUGUUGUGUCCAGAGAGCACAAUGAAGCAUAUCCUCCUGAGGACCCUGAUAGCAGGCACUAUCUGGAAUAUCAAGGAUACCAUUCCACCACGCAGCCUGGGAAGCAUGGUUAAUGCAAUCCUGAAGAUUUUUUCAGAAUCGUUAGCAAUAGAUGCUGGCGAAAUGAUUAUUCGUAUGAAUGAAGCUGAAAAAAACAGGUUAAAACUUGCUGCAGAGGCAGAAACUGACGAAAACAUGAGUGAUAUUACAGCUAGCAGUGUUUUGAGCGAAGAUGAUGACAUGGAAGAAAUACCAAAAGGAAAAGUCAGGAGAGAAAAUGACAUUUCAGAUCUACUUCCAUCUGAUAAGUGGGAACUGAAAGAAGUGACAGCUUUACUGAUGGCUCAGCAGACUGCUCUGGAAAUCAUUGUUAAUAUGUGCUGCAGUGAAGAUCCCUCUGAUGACGAAUGGGAAGAACUCUCCAGCAGUGAUGAAAGUGACUUGUUUAUGGAAAACUCAUAUAAUGAGGGGAGCGGGCUACUAAUGUCACCCCUGUGCCUGUCUGAUGAGGUUAACUCAGCGUUUCUGAACAACCUCAUUCCACAGAAGAUUCUUGAAAAAACUGCUUUUCCGAACAGUGUUGCUCUAGACAUCUGUAUGCACAAUCCGUCUUGGAAACCAUUAAUUAAAAAACUGAAUGCAGUGCAGUGUAGAGCUUUAACAUGUCUUCAUAGCAUUUUAUUAGUGUCAGAUGUGGAUUGUCUUGGAGGAGCUUCAGCACUUCAGUCCCUUGCACAGCAUCUCUCGCAGCUAGUCUUUUCCAAAAUGGAACUCCCCACGGACACAGAAUUCCUGGAAGCCAUUACCAGCGCUUUGAGGGCUCUCCUACAAACAAUGGCAUCAAAGAACAUCUCUCAGUGUAUGACUCCUGAGCAGCUACUGGCUUUAUGUGAAGCGGGUAUUCACAGCAGCAAUGUCAGUGUUAGAGUGAAUGUAGUGAGCAUCCUUGGAAUUUCUGGCAGCGUCCUGGCGAAAGGACAAGAUACAGCUGAAACACUAAAGAUGAUUGGAAAAUUUCUUCUUGAGGUAGCUAUGAAGGAAUCUUCUCUUGUGGUAGCAGGGGAAGCCUUGGAUGCGCUUUUUGAUGUAUUUGCAGAUGGUAAAGAAGCAGAAAAGGCGGCAGUACAGAUCAAGUUGCUUCCAGCACUGAAAAAAUUUCAGCCAGUGUUCAAAAUGAGGAUGCGAAAAGAAGGCAAAGGACAAUAUAGUACAGAUCAACUUUGUGUUCUUGACAAUGUGAAGAUGAAUUUGAGAAGAUUCAUUGCAUAUCAGGAGACACUAGGGAAAACCCCAACUUGAAACAUCGAGGAACUUUAAACUAAGGUUUCCCUUAUUGAGUAAUGUUUUCCAAAAAUAUAACCAUUUUGAACUUCGAAAAUGUAUCGAGCAGAGCAGUUUUGCUUUCAUGUUAAUACUGCAUUUUUUUUAAGUUCAGUAUUUUUAUACUUCUGGGUUGAUGCAAUAUGAAAGUCACAUCAACGUAAAAACACAUAGCAUACUUUGAGAUUAAGUGUUAGCAGGGAUAAGAAUGUGCCCUUGCAGUCCUGAGGCCUGUACAUAGCACCAUUGUCACUGUUUAGAAAUCCUCACAUAUCCUGGAGGAAAACUGUAAUUGCAUGGGAAGGUAAUUUAGAGAAUAGUCUUGGUUAUGUGCCAGAUAAAAAAAAAAUUUUUAAAAGCUCAAGUUAUUUUUCAGGGAAUUAAGCAGUGGCAGAACAUUCAUAUUUGUUAUUUGCUCUUACCUAUUUCUGGAAUUGCAGAGGCACUUAUGGCAGACUUCCCAAGAGAAGUGUGUGACAAGUGUGUAGAUUACUGUCAGCACUUGGAUCUGUUACUUCAUGAGGUUUACUGAAGAGAGAACUGUUUCAGAUUCAUUUAUGAUAAUUGCUGUGGAAAUCAGUGUAAGAGGAUCCUAUGCUUACACGCAGCUCCCUGUUUUUACUUUAUUUUGAUUGGUAUAUCUGAAAAUCCAAUAUGAUUUACUUUCUUCCUUGUAAUUCUACAUCAGGAUGAAUUUGAAUUCAGGGAAGUAAACCUAGUAAGUAUUUUUUUAUAUUGAGAUAUUAUCUAAAGUAACUUUCUAAUUGCUUAAAAUAUCUUUUUCAAUUACUUGUGAUAGAGAUUUUUAAGCUGUAAAAUACGGAAACUAUUUUCAAAAAAUGUCACCGAUUAAGAUUGUAUGUGAACUUCUACAUAUCAAAAGCUUUGGUUCUGUUUCUGUGAAUGAGAUCCUCUCAUCCACAAUUUUAUAGAAAAAAAUCCCACAGACACUAAAGUAUUUUGUUGUGCUGAUUUUUUUAAAUAGGAGGGUUUUUUUUCCCCCUUCUUAGCACAGGCAUCUAGCAUUUGGCAAAACUUUGCCCACAGUGUUAGGUGUGGAACUACAAAGACCAAAUUUUCUCUGUUAGUUUUUGGUCUCUUAGAUUGGAAAGCAGGCUUGGGAACUGAUGGGAUAGCUUGCAAAUGACUGACUUUAUGCAAUUUUGACAUAUGGUAUUUUGUCAAAUGCAAGAGAAAGUGAAAAAUGAGUUUAAGCAGCUAUACUGCCUUGGAAGUCCUGUUAUUGCUGGAGGAGUCUAGGAGAAGUCCCGAGGAGCACGGAGCGGUUGAAAGGUUAUCCUGGGAUUUGGCAGGGGCAGGCAGCAAAGAGGGCUGGAGCGUAACAGCUGAGGAAAGAGUAGCUAGGUGGAUUAUGGCAUAAGACUGCACAGCGUGUGGAUUUUAAUCCUAGUGUUAGUUAUACUUGCUGUACACUGAGGAUAGUAUAAUAUUAGCCUGAUAAAAGGUAUUAAUAUUUGUUUGGAGCACUUAAAAGGACUUUCACACAGAAAGUUCUGCUCUCAUUUUCUGUGUGCUACAUUGAAUUACAGGAUGAUCGAGGUUGGAAAAGAUAUCUGGAGGUCUCUUAGUCCAGUCCCCUCCUCAAAGCAGGACUUACUUUGAAAUUAGGUUGUCCUCGGCCUUGAGCAACUCAAAGGAUGUAAAUCCCAAAACUCUGGGCAGCCUUUUCCAUUUCUUGACCACCCUCCCUGUGAAUGCUUUUUUUUUUUUUUUCCUUUUUUUUUUUUCUUUUUCCCUUUGUAUCUAGUAAAACUUCCCCCUGCUGCAAAAUGCACCCCUUGUCCUUUGACUGCACACUGCCAAGAAGAGUGGCUCCGUACCCUCUUACAACCUCAGUUUCCAGUUGAAAACAACAAUUGCAUUCUCCUCUUCUCCAGGCUGAAUAAACCCAGCUCCCUCAGCCCUUACUUGUUCAUCAUGUGCUCUAGCCCUCUACCAUCUUGGUGGCCUUCUGCUUGACCUGCCCUACUGCGUCUUGUACUGGGGGGCCCAAAACUGGACAUGGUGGUCUAGAUGUGAUCUCAUGAGUGCUGAUCAGUUUUCUUGACCUGCUGGCCAAGCUUCUGCAGUGUAGCCUGUUACUUGCCAGCUGUCGUCACUGCAAGGGCGCACUGCAGACUUCUCUUCAGCUUAUUAUCCAUCAGGACCCUUCCCUCCAAAGCUGCUCUUUGGUUAUUCAUUCAAGAGCCUGCUGUUUUAUGGGAUUACUCUGUCCCAAGUGUAGGACUUUGCAUUUUACAUUAAGUGUAGCUGUCAGAAUCUGGUUCCUGGGGACUGUUAGAAAAAUGAAGUACAUUAUUUUUUGUUUAGGGUGAGUUUUUUGGGGCUACUAAAUGAGAAGAGAUGUUGCAUCUUCAAAUAUGAAUCUGAAAGUUGCAGAUAAAUAUAUAGAAGAUUGACCAUCCACUAGAAGACCUGGUUUUCUUAAUAUAAUCUAUCAGACCCUGUUUUUUUCCUUCAAGUGGAGACAGGCAUUUAGAUAUUAAAACUAUUCCAGCAGUAAGAUGCAUGGAUUAUUUUUUUUGCUAUGCAAUAAUCAGUUGAAUGUUUUACAAAAAAUAAUUUGUGUCAUCAUAAGAUAGGUGCGUAGUAUAAAUGAUAUCACUUGCAUACUGCUUCUGAUUUUUAGUGCUUAAAGUAUUUGCUUUUGUCUUCUGGUGCACAUGCCAUUUCUAGCUAAUAGCUGAAAGAGAAAUUAGGACAUACAAAACCAUUUUGAUUUCUUGUGAGAGUUUGUACUAAAGCCCUAACAUACAAAAACUAAAAUAAUCCCUUCAGUUUCAUCUGAGGAGACCAGAGCACCUUAGUGGGCCUGUUUUAGCUGAGGGCAUGAAACACUGGUGGCUCUGACUCCAGCUCAUCAGAUAUGUUUGGGUUGACAGGUAAACUGUAGCCUUGGGAGGUGUUUUUGUUUUGUUAACCUCAUCACUAAUAUUAAUGAUACUUUUACAUGUGAUUACCCAACACCCCAUGUUGUGAGACCAUGUCAAAGUCCACUGCCCUUACCAGUGGCCCAUAGCAAAAUAGAACCCUCAUCUUCCUUUGUAGUUUCUAUGAUAUUAUAGUUAUCUAAUAAUAAUCAGCCAGCAGCAUAUUUUGAUGUCCAUACUUUUUAUUUCUCUGAAUAAGAAAAUCUUACUCAAUCACCUUCCUAGCUACCAGUUCAGUCUAACUUGCUCUUGGUGUCUGGUGGAGGGCUUAUGACUGAAUGAGAGGUGGUGAUUUUCUACGGUAAUUUAAAAAGCACAUUCUAAGGGACAAGAUAGAAGAUAAUAGGAAAAGCAUGGAAGACUUUUGAAGACUUUUGUCUGUGGAAGACAGGGCAAGUUAUUGGUGAUUUAAAGAAGUGUCAGAUUGAGGCCUAAAAUCAGAUGAGAUUUAUAAGUAUGGAAGAGCUAAGCUGUAAGACUGAGGCUAUAAAAGUUGUUCUGACACAGUUAAGGAAAAUUAAGACGGCAGCAGAAGUGAUGAUGUGGUGCAAAUUAAAUAUUUUCGGGGCUUUUUUGGCACUGGUUUAUUUAAAUAGAUACAGGGUGAGCUUGAGAUGAAGACAAGAUCCUUGACAGCCUAUAAAGGCAAAGCCAGGUCUUAAAGAUACUUUGAGGGUGGCAGAAAUUGGACUGCUAGACAGUGUGCAGCAUAAGUAAAUAGAUGCUAAAUAGAUGUAAGUGAUCUUCAUCAGUUCAUGUAAUCACACAGAUAAGACUGGUAUCGAAACAGGUAUCUGAAACUGAAUUUGUUUGCCUAUCCUAGUCCCUAAGGCAUCAUCUGUGCUUCAAUUAAAAACUGCAGUCCUUUGAAAUAAUGGAUUGCUGCUUUAUUUGUCUCCCUGUCUGACACCUAGCACAACAGAAUCUGGCUCUGAGUUGAGAUUUUAUACCAAAAUAGGUGCUGAAUUUAAGGCAGUCUAUGGUAUAAAGUAAAGAGGGCUGUGGGCUCCCUGCCCCGUUCAGAACAGUAGGACCGGUGGCAUUUCCUGCUGCUUUGGCCUCUCUGCAGCCUGCAAAGUGUUGAAUCCCCAACUGUGUAGAUUAGGAGUUAUCAUUGCUAUGUGGUUUUAUUUUUGCUCACCAUGUAAAGAAACAAGUGGCAAGACUUAAAUAAGCAUUUGUUGUGAAAUACUUUUUAUACAUCAUGCCUUGACAUUCAGAAGAUGGCUGUAUACAACAUAAUGGUCAAUAGUUGAACUAUUUGGUGUUUAUGGUGUGCAUUGAAGGUAUUUUUUGCCUUUUAAAAAAAAAACAAAAACAAAAACAUUGUCAUUGUAGAGGAACAAGAAUAACUUUAACUAGUACUACCUAGCUUGGUUUUACAUUUGUAUUUUGAAAGAAAAUAUUAAAAAAAAAAAUCAGAGCACAGUAAAAUUACAAAAUGAGAACUGUAGGAGAACAAAUUAAUUUAAAAUUUGCUUGUAGUUUAAGUAUUAUAAAUGAAAUGCAUGUCUUGUGGAAUAUUAACAGAAAACAACCAACCAAAAAUGCAUAUAAACUCAAGUUCUGUUUCCUUAGUAAGUAAUUUUCAGUAAAAGCAUUCCCAGAGGAUUAGAUAGAAAUGUCUAGCCUUACAUUUACUGUUGCAAAUUCAAAUUCAGGCAAUGGUAGUGGUAAUUGAAAAUAACGUGACUGUUACUUUCUGGCACAGAUGAAUCGAGCAAACAAUCUAAAUACAGUUUGCGUUGGACAUACUGUUAAGAUAUAUAACAUUAAGAUAAUUGGCAAAACCUGAAACUCUUGACAGUCCCAGCAGAUGAAGGAACUUGGAAGUUUUUCCAUGACAGCUGCAACAUGGUGAGCCUUUGUUUGAAGAAGCUUUGACUUGAGCAGUGAGGGUUUUUUUGUCUAAUUUCCAAAUAAAUUCAAACUUAACUUUUGUACCUUCUGGGAAAAAUAGCAUGCAUUUAAAUCAAUACACUCCAUUUUGUUUCUGUAUUAUUUUCCCAAGUUCCUUGUUUCUAUUAGAGGCAUUUUGUCAGACAUAAUUCAGUGACCACAAAAAAACAUAGUUUGAGACUUAUACAAAAAGGGUAUGGUAAGAUGCUUUUUUUUUUUUUUUUUUUUUAAAUCUGGGUGUCAGGAACUCCUUGCAUUACUGGUAUAUUAAGGGCUUAAAUCAAACUGCUUGUGAGCUGAAAUAAGAUACCAUUGUAAUAAUCCGUACGCUAUUAGAAUGAUUGUGGCUGCUAUAUGUUCUCAACAGAACGGAAGGUCCCAGUGCAGCGCUGGUGUUGCGAGGUGCUCAUGUAAAUACCUAUGCAACUUUUAAAGAUGCACUGGGAUUUUAGUAUACACUCUCCUGAUUUUGUGUUCCUUUUUUUGACAAAAAUCCUGGUGAGGAUUCUUUGUUUUCUUCUUCCUCUGAUGUGAAUUUUUUUUUUUGAACUUUUAAGGAAAACUGCAUUGACCUCUUCCCCACCUCUUGAUGGAGAGUGACAGGCACUUCCAGAAUUUAGCUGAAGAAUGGCUGAUUCAGCUAUAAAAUGCAUGAUGUUUUUAAAUAACCUUUUCUGGGAAGUUCUCUUUUUAAUAAGUAAAAGAGUUAAAGUUCAAAGUCAUGAUUUAAAAAAUCAAUUUGAUGAUAUUCAAGUGGGGUGUUUAUGUUGGGUUGGGGGGGGUGUUGCUUUUUUUUUUUUUAAAUACCUGAUAGGUAUACUCCCUAAUCUAAAGCCUUUGUGGUACUACGCUACCCAUGCUGUGUCCUGGCUUGAUUUGUUUGGGAUUAGGGUUUCUACUGAGGAAUCCUGUAAAUGAUUCAGUCCUCAGUCCCACAACAAAAUUUGUUUACAUUUAAGUUUACAGAAGUAUAGAACAAAUCAUUGUUUUUUGCAGAAUUAGCUUUAAAAAAAAAAACAAACAAACAAAAACCAAAACCAGGUAUUUUUUGUUACUUUUAUCUCCUUAAUGAUAACAUGAAAUAAUUUUUUAGGCUUAUGCUCAUUUUACUGUGUUGUGCUUUUAAAAAAAGUUUAUGAAUUGAAACCUUUUUAUUUGCAUCUUUGAUGUAAGAGGAACAUCAGGCUAGUAAUUUUCUAGCUACCUUUUUUCUGGUAUAAUUCUCAGAAUAGCUGAAGUAUGUGGGUUUUGGAAAACAGGGUUAUUUAGGGUAGUUUUUUUCCAAUUCUAAGCUGUGCUUAAGUCUCACCAGUUUCUACUUGACUUUUGAUGGUAGUUUUAGGUAUAGAUCCUAAUUCUCAAAGCAGUUAAGUCUGUCAAUCAAAAACCAAAUUUCACCCUACAGCUUCUUGCUGUAGCUGGGUUACUUUUGGACACUGCAGGUCAGAUGCCCUGUGACAGCACCGAUGAGGGCUUGAGGCCAAAAUGUCCUACUCUGAGCUGGUGGGGAGAAGCCAGAACUUUAGUCUUUAGUCGUUAUCAGUAAGUGGUGCUAAGAGUUAUUUACAAACUGUCCACCUCGGAAUCCUUGGAAUUGAAAUGCAGCUUUUUAAUUCCAAAACCUCCACCUAUGUCUUCCUAAAGAGAAAUCCUCUCCCACGCAUUUUUUAAACUAUGCGAAGUACCAGGCCCUCCAUGCAGCAUGCUGGAAACUUUCUAGCUGGAAUGAAAGAUGCUUUAAGGCUGUAAUAUGAAAAAAACUAAAAAUAAAACUGAAUCUGACCACAA